GUCUCGUGCGCUGCGCUCUCCCCAACUCUCCGUCGACACUUGGAGAGACCAGAGAGCAGAGAGCACAGAUCCUCUGAGCGCGUCCACACUCCCACUGGGAACGGAAUCACGGAUCGUUAGACUUAACUUCAACUCUUUUAUUCUUCUUUUUGUUCUUCUUAUUGUUCUUCUGCUUGAUCUUCUUCUUGUUCCUCUUCCUCUUGGUCAACCUUUCGUUUCUCCGCCGAUGCGAGGGUCUGGUGUUGUGAUGUGGAGGACGGGUCCGGGAAACGCCAAGUAGUGUACAGGAGUGCAUUUGCGGAAGAAAUACUUUUAUGAAGAUGGAUAAUCGGAGCAGUUUCCUCGUUUUGCCCGCCGCCUUAAUCCUCUCCGUUCUGUUGGGAUUUACGCAUGGACAAUUCUUUCCAGGCGGCUGCUCGUUUGAGGAGAACUACAGCAGCUGUGGUUACAGUGUCUCCUUGGGAACCAACGGCUUCACCUGGGAACAGGUCAACACCUGGGAGAAGCCGACCAUGGACCCCGCCCUGCCCACCGGCUCCUUCAUGGUAGUGAAUGCGUCAGGGCGGGCUUCCGGCCAGAAAGCCCACCUCUACAUGCCCACUCUGAAGGAGAACGACACCCACUGCAUCGACUUCCUGUACUCACUGUCCAGUCGGGACGGAGCCAGCCCAGGGACGCUCAACGUCUACAUCAAGGUGAAUGGAGGUUCCCAGGGAAACCCGGUGUGGAAUGCGUCCGAUACAGUAACCGAGGGCUGGGUGAAGGCUGAGUUGGCCAUCUCCACCUUCUGGCCAAACUCCUACCAGGUCAUCUUUGAGGCUGUUUCAGUCCAGGGUCACCCAGGGUUUAUCGCCGUUGAUGACAUCAGAGUUCUUGCCCAUCCCUGUCGCAAGGCGCCUCACUUCCUGCGCCUGCAGAACGUGGAGGUCAACGUGGGGCAGAACGCCAGCUUCCAGUGCACCGCAGGGGGGAAGUGGUCGCAGCACGACAAACUCUGGCUACAGCAGUGGAACGGCCGGGACACGGCCCUGAUGGUGACCCGGGUGGUGAACCACCGCCGCUUCUCGGCCACGGUGAGCGUUGGCGACACGUCGCAGCGCAGCACCAGCCGCUAUCGCUGCGUCAUCCGCUCGGACGGAGGCUCCGGCGUCUCCAACUACGCAGACCUCAUCGUCAAAGCCCCUCCCACCCCCAUCGCCCCACCGGAGCUGCUGGCGGUGGGGGCCACCUACCUGUGGAUCAAACCCAACGCCAACAGCAUCAUCGGCGACGGGCCAAUCAUCCUGAAGGAGGUGGAGUACCGCACCACCAGCGGGAACUGGGCGGAGAACAACGUGGUGGACGCCCCCACCUACAAGCUGUGGCACCUGGACCCCGACGUGGAGUACGAGAUCAAGGUGCUACUGUCCCGCCCCGGGGAGGGGGGUACCGGACCACCCGGACCCUCGCUCAUCACCAGGACCAAGUGUGCUGACCCUGUGCACGGACCCCAGACCGUCAACGUGGUUGACAUCCGUGCACGCCAGCUCACAAUCCAGUGGGAGACAUUUGGCUAUGCCGUGACCCGUUGCCAUAGUUACAACCUGACGGUGCAGUACCAGUACUCGUUCAACCAGCAGGAGUACUCCGUGGAGGAGCUGAUCCAGACCUCGUCCCACUACACCCUCCGUGGCCUGCGGCCCUUCGUGACGGUGCGCCUGCGCCUGGUGUUGGCAAACCCAGAGGGCAGCAAGGAGAGCGAGGAGAUCGUGAAGCAGACCGAGGAGGACGUCCCCGGGUCGGUUCCGGUCGAGUCGCUUCAGAACUCUCCCUACGAGGAGAAGAUCUUCAUGCAGUGGAGAGCUCCAAAUGAGACCAAUGGAGUCAUCACACUCUACGAGAUCACCUACAAGGCGCUGAGCUCUCUGGACCCCAGCGUGGACCUCACCACCCAGCGGGGACGGGUCUUCAAGCUGAGGAACGAGACCCAGCACCUGUUUGUGGGCCUCUACCCCGGGACCACCUACUUCUUCACCCUCAAGGCCUCCACCAACAAGGGCUUCGGUCCCCCGGUCACCGUCCGCAUCGCCACCAAGAUAGCAGCCCCUCUGAUGCCGGAGUACGAGUCUGAGGCGCCGCUGAACGAGACUGACACCACCAUCACCCUGCUGCUGAAGCCCGCCCAGUCACGCGGCGCGCCCGUCAGCUCCUACCAGCUCGUGGUGAAGGAGGAGCGCAAGUCCAAAUCCCGCCGGGCCACCGGCGACGGCACCGGCGGCCCCAACUGUUUCUCGGCGCCGGUCAGCUUCCGGAACGCCUCGGCGCUGGACUCCGCCUACUACAUGGCGGCGGAGCUGCCGCCGUCCAGCAUGACGGCGCCCACCGCCUUCACCGUGGGGGACAACAAGAGCUACGGGGGCUUCUCCAACCCGCCACUCUCCCCGGCCAAGAGCUACAGCGUCUACUACCAGGCCAUCAGCCGCGCCAACGGGGAAACUAAGAUCAACUGUGUCCGCCUUGCUACCAAAGUGGUGAUAGGUAGGGGACAAAUUACCACGCCGUACAUUCUAGUCAUCCCCAGCGAAGGCGCCUCCACCCAGGACUCUGAUGCGAUGGAGCCAGAGAAGCAGGUGGACAGCACGGUGAAGAUGGCGGGCGUCAUCGCUGGAGUCCUCAUGUUCAUCAUCAUCCUGCUGGGACUGUUGCUCACCUUCAAACGCAGAGAGAUACACACGUGGAGAACUCUGAGCGUGGGUAAGCUGGCUAAGAAGCAGAAGGAGACGGCCAGUAGCUCCACCCAGCAGAGAGAGAUGGAGCCCGUCUCCACGGCCGAUAAGAGCACCACCAAGGUCGGCACGUUACGCAAGGACGACCCCUUCUCCACCUCCAGCCAGGACCUCAACGGCUUCACCUCCCCCUCUCCCUGCUCCUUCUCAGUUCAGGGAGGAAAGACUCUGCAGAGCAAAUCCCUUGUUAACUCCUACUAUUCAGUAUCCAAAGAACCUGUUCCGGCCACAGCUUCAAUAGAUAGCAGUCAGCCCUCUCUCGCCCAGCCCUCACUCACCCUACAGAGUUUCCCCUACGGAGGCUGUGAGUCUGUGGAGAUUUCCUACCAGAGUGGUCAGUUCCAGCCUGCUAUACGCGUGGCCGACCUCCUGCAGCACAUCACUCAGAUGAAGUGUGGACAGGGGUACGGAUUCAAGGAGGAGUAUGAGGGUCUGGCAGAGGGACAGACGGCACCCUGGGAAACGGCCAAGAAGGAUGAGAACCGCAACAAGAAUCGCUAUGGCAACAUCAUUGCUUACCCCACAGACGACCACACCAGGGUCCGCCUGCAGCCCCUGGAGGGAGACCCCCACUCUGACUACAUCAACGCUAACUACAUAGAUGGUUACCAUCGACCUAGACAUUACAUCGCCACUCAAGGCCCCAUGCAGGAGACGGUGAGGGACUUUUGGAGGAUGGUGUGGCAGGAGAAUUCAGCAUCUAUCGUCAUGGUUACCAACCUUGUGGAGGUCGGCAGGGUAAAGUGUGUGAGGUACUGGCCAGAUGAGACAGAGGUCUACGGGGACAUCAAGGUGACUCUGAUAGAGACAGAACCCUUGGCGGAGUACGUCAUCCGAACAUUCACCGUACAGAAGAAGGGCCACCACGAGAUUCGGGAGAUCCGUCAGUUCCACUUCACCAGCUGGCCCGACCACGGCGUGCCCUGCUACGCCACGGGGCUCCUGGGCUUCAUCCGCCAGGUCAAGUUCCUCAACCCCCCCGACGGGGGGCCCGUCGCCGUGCACUGCAGUGCGGGAGCAGGGAGGACUGGCUGCUUCAUGGCGGUGGACAUCAUGUUGGACAUGGCGGAGAACGAAGGCGUCGUUGACAUCUUCAACUGCAUCAGAGAGCUGAGGAGUCAGAGAGUUAACAUGGUGCAGACAGAGGAGCAGUAUGUGUUUGUGCACGAUGCCAUCCUGGAGGCGUGUCUGUGUGGGAACACAGCCAUCCCAGUGUGUGAGUUCAGAGCUGUCUACUACAACAUCAGCAGGCUGGACCCGCAGACCAACUCUAGCCAGGUCAAGGACGAGUUCCAGACUCUGAACAUAGUGACCCCUAGGGUUCGUCCGGAGGACUGCAGUGUAGGUCUGCUCCCCAGGAACCACGACAAGAACCGCAGUAUGGACGUCCUGUCUGCAGACCGAUGCCUCCCCUUCCUCAUAUCUGUGGAUGGAGAGAGCUCCAACUACAUCAACGCUGCCCUCAUGGACAGCCACAAGCAGCCAGCCGCCUUCAUCGUUACCCAGCAUCCUCUGCCCAACACCACGGCAGACUUCUGGAGGCUGGUGUUUGAUUACAACUGCUCCUCCAUCGUCAUGCUCAACGAGAUGGAUGCCGCGCAGUUGUGUAUGCAGUACUGGCCGGAGAAGAGUUCCUGUUGCUACGGCCCCGUCCAGGUUGAGUUCAUCUCUGCAGACAUCGACGAUGACAUCAUCAACCGGAUCUUCAGGAUCUGCAACAUGGCGCGGCCUCAAGAUGGCUAUCGCCUGGUCCAGCACUUUCAGUUCAUUGGCUGGCCAGCCUACAGGGACACGCCCCUUUCCAAGAGAUCUAUCCUCCAAUUGGUCAGGAGGCUGUCCAAGUGGCAGGAACAGUAUGAUGGAGGGGAUGGACGAACAGUCGUUCACUGUCUCACGGGCGGGGGGCGUUCCGGGACCUUCUGUGCCGUGUGCAGCAUCAGUGAGAUGAUCCGGCAGCAGAACAUUGUGGACGUCUUCCACACCGUGAAGACCCUGAGGAACAACAAGACCAACAUGGUGGAGUCCAUGGAGCAGUACAAGUUCUGCUAUGAGGUCGCCCUGGAAGCACUCAGCUCCUUCUGAUUGCCUCCUCCCCCCUCGCCAAAUUCACCUGAUUGGCCAUCGAUGCUGCCUGUCAAACUCAAUACUGGGACGUAGGAAGCGGAAUUAUGCUUCCUGUUGACUCAGAACCAGCCUGUGUGUGUGUGUGUGUGUGUGUGUGUGUGUGUGUGUGUGUGUGUGUGUGUGUGUGUGUGUGUGUGUGUGUGUGUGUGUGUGUGUGUGUGUGUGUGUGUGUGUGUGUGUGUGUGUGCGUCCGAGAGUGUUCAUGUGAGGGCAUGCUUGUGAUCCUUGCAUACAUUACUGUGUGUAUUUGUGUGCACGUAUGUGCACGUAAAAAUUCGCCCAAAACCUUGGACAAAAUAUAAAAAAGGACACUACUCAUAAACACGUGUGUGUGUGUGUGUGUGUGUGUGUGUGUGUGUGUG